GCCUGCAGGUGGCGAUCCAGAUGACGGCGCGAAUCCCUUCGCAGCGCUUGCUGGGGUGGUUCUUUCGUCGCCUAUCUUCGAACGGGUUCUUGGCGAUGCACACAACGAUCCGAUGGCCGACCUCGCUGCCACUAUAGCGACAGGAACGCUGCAGACUGCGAGCGCGGUGGGGCACACAGCGAGUGCCGUCGGUGAAUUCGCAGCUGACGUUGCACAGCGCGGCGAUCUCAGUCCCGACACCUACAUGCGCUUCAAGAAACUGCGCGAAUUCGACAUAGAAGGUGGCUUCGCAGACGCAGCGACCCUACGCGCAGCGGCAGAGCCGAUGAGCGUUACGUCGCGAUAUAUCGGUCAAGUAGGCGGAUCGCGAAGGUCCUUCGCAGGG